CACAAGGAGAAACCAGAGAUUUUCCUCAGUGUAGCAGAUGUCAACUCCAGAGUACCCAGGGCACAGUAAUAGGACCCCCUUUUGAAUCUUGUCUACAUCAGUAAUCUCACUGAAGCUCCAGUCUACCAUCUCUGCGGUCAUUGUGGAAUGGAACAACAUAGUAAGCGGACAUCUUCAGAUUCAGCAGUUAUGCCGAGUGUGAUGACAGAUCCGUUCGAAAUGAAUACCACGAUGCUUGGUAACACAUCUAGCGCUCGACCUUGGCAGGACUACGUAGAGAUGACUUUUCUGGGAAUCGGUAGUUUGAUUGGAGUCAUUGGAAAUGUCCUGGUCAUCAAAGCAGCCUGCAAAGUUGAGACCCAAUUUGCUCGACAGAUAAUGACUCUGUUCUUUACUCUUGCCAUUACUGACGGUAUAAUCUCAGGAGUCAAGAUACCCUUGCUUAUUUCGCUCAGAUUCAAGCUAACGAAACCCAUCCUUGUCAUUCUGAAAUACGUAUUUCUGGGACUAAAUGCAAUUCUUCAGAUUACGCUUUGGAAACACUUUUUUGUUGGAUUUCAACGAUUCAUGAUCAUGUAUAGCUUUCCAUUUUACCGAAAGUAUUUCACCUUAAGAACGACCGUGUCCAUCGUGGUAUCUCUGUGGUUAAUUCUCUGGGUGCUGAACAUCGUACUACCAAUCCUUGCUCAGAUGAACGUAAUGUUCAUCAAUCUCUACUUUGAUCACGGAUUUCAUCGUUCUGCGGUUGAGAUAGCUGUGUAUGAAAUCAUUACUGUUGGAAUUUUAAGCAUAGUUCCCGUUUGCUGCACAGUGUUUUGUCACAUUUGGAUCGUUUUUAGCAUCGUUAAAGCUGGUCUUACUCAUCUAGAGAACAUCGAAGAAAGCUCCACCUUCAUCAGAAUCAACAUCACCUCCAUUCUGCGUAUUUUACUUCUGAUUGUUUGCGUUUCGCCAUUUCUGAUCGCAAAUAUGGUGGAUCCCACACACUCAUCCAUCUCGCAGACUGCGUUCCUCUGGACUGAGUAUUUCCUUUGUGCCCACUCUGUGCUAAGUCCCUAUCUUACUCUUUGUGACUCGGAUUUCAAAGAUUCAUCGUCUUUUAAGAACUCGACUCACAAUCGCCUUAGAUCUGCCGGUAGUUUGCGUAGAAGUCGUAAAUUUGCCGUCAGUUUCAUUACGUCAGGGGAUCUGAAAACGGUUAAGCACACUGAAUGAUACAAAGAUUGAUACAAAGAUCGAUUGAAAAGUUUGUAAAUGGAAGAAGGUGUACACUUUUAACAAAAAACAUCUUGACUUUUUUUGUAGUAUUGUGUAAAGAUGUGUUGCUUGUUGUUAGGAGUAACGUAAGAUUUCGUCCAAUAUCGUGUAAUAUCAAUUGUAAUCAAGAAUAUUUUUAUUCAGCAAUUAAUCCCAAACAAUUAAAUUCAAGCAUAUGUCUGAUAAAUGUUGAUGCAGUUUUGAAGAGCUAUUCACACCAAUUUUAAACAGUUUUUUUCCCCCAAAAACUCUUGGUUUUUUUUUUUUUUUAAAAUAACGUUGUUUACAAUAUCAUCAAUAUAUUCAGAACUGUGAUUUUGUAACAAUUAUAGAAUCAAGUAACGAUGAAUGGGAACACAUUUAAAAUUGUCGCCUGUAAAAUUUAUUAAUAAAUUGAUACAUUCAGGACAUAUUACCUUGUUAAUGGUAGGUUUUAAAUCGUCCAAUCAUAGCGUGACGCUACACAACAUGACUGCUGGCAAUUGA